AGAACAAUAAGUUUAAAAUGUCGUCUCCUGACUCUCCAUACAAUCCAUCAACUUCAAAUCAACAGUAUGAUAGGCAUUCCUCUCCUGGCUCAGCAGAUGAAGAUAAGAAACCAGCAAAUAGGCGUAAAUCGUCAAAGAAGAAAAGUCACGUAUGCAGAAUAUGUCAGAAAACGUUCACAACUUCAGGACAUCUGUCAAGGCACCAGAGGACGCAUACUGGGGAAAGAGCUUUUGCCUGUCCCUGGCCUGGAUGUUUAACAAGAUGUAGCCGUCAGGAUAAUUUACAACAACAUUAUAGGACACACCUAUCACCUCGAUCUCGCAAAGCUGAUUUAUCAUCCGCUAAAGCUAUGAGAGCUGGAAUCAAAUCAGUUACCGAUGUACCUAAAGAGUUAUUAAGUAAAGGUGGUAGAACUAAAGGAUCUUUUAUCGGUAGAAAAGUAUCAGCUAAAACUGAACAAAAUAUGGAUGACAGGGAUACAGAUGAGAGCCCAACUAUACCAUUUAAUUACUUAUCGAACCCACAAUUGCCUAUACCAUCGACAUCGAGUGGUAUAUUACCCGCAAUUGAUAGUAGACGUACAACUACUAGCACAAAAAUCCAUCCGGUACAUCUUACUACAAGGCCAAGCCCACCUUUCGCAAUGUCUCCAUCAGAUAAUUACCCAGUACUCAACCCGAUCUCUCAUUUGAUGGCACCUUCUCCUGAAAGCAGAACGGCCUUUAGUCCACAAUCAAUAUCACCUACUACUUCGCCAAUGGAACAGACUAAAAGUACGCAGUUGCAAAAUUACUCAAUUGAAUCUUCUGAAGGUAAUUCUAACGCCUACGAGGUCAAAUUGAAGCCAAAAGUGAACACAGCAACACCGAUACCUGUAAUCCCACCAAUUUAUCGGUCAGCAAGUGUAAAUCAAAUUCAGACGCCCGCAUACGCUACGUCAGAAGAUAGAUUUAUCGGACAAUCGACGUCUUUACCUGGAUUAAAUCUAGAGCUGAACAAUACACCUUCCAGCUCCUCUUAUGUGGUACCUCCAGCGCGAAUGUAUACCUUACCAACUAAUAUCGCCCAAUCGACGAUAUUGAGACCAACAACCGCGAUAAACUACGCAGCACCGCCAGCUGAAAGCUUUGAUUAUACGGCGUAUCAACAGCAGCCAGUAAACGAAAGCCAAAAUGAAUUUUAUCAAUUGACAGCACCUGAGGAAUCAACUUCACUUGAUUUCAACCAGCAGUGGAAUACCCAAUAUUAUUAGAUUAUAGACGUUUACAGCAAAU